AUGGCUCUGUGUAGUUCUUCUAUAUCUUCACACAACUUCAGUUCGCAAACUGGGGCAAGAAACCUAUCAAAAUUGUCUUCUUUUUCUAUGAAUUCAGAUUCCACUAUUUCGUUAUCGUUUUCUGGGAGUGUUUCCAUGGGUAUGAACUUGAGGUUGAAUCUCACUUCUUCAACUUGUACUGUUAAGCGAAACAACUUUAGGAACCAUGGUUCUCGUUUGAAGGUAGUUUGCAUUGAUUAUCCACGCCCCGAGCUUGAAAAUACCGUUAAUUUCGUUGAAGCUGCUUACUUGUCUUCCACCUUUCGUGCUUCCCCUCGCCCAACUAAACCUUUGAAGGUUGUUAUUGCUGGUGCAGGACUGGCUGGUUUGUCGACUGCAAAAUAUUUGGCAGAUGCUGGUCACAAGCCUAUAUUGCUGGAGGCAAGAGACGUUCUAGGUGGAAAGGUUGCUGCAUGGAAAGAUGAAGAUGGAGACUGGUAUGAGACUGGCCUACAUAUAUUUUUUGGGGCUUACCCUAAUGUGCAGAAUUUAUUUGGAGAACUCGGUAUUAAUGAUCGAUUACAAUGGAAGGAACAUGCUAUGAUCUUUGCUAUGCCAAGCAAGCCUGGACAGUUUAGUCGAUUUGAUUUUCUUGAAGUCCUUCCAUCUCCAUUAAAUGGAAUAUGGGCAAUCUUGAGGAAUAACGAGAUGCUGACCUGGCCAGAGAAAAUCAAAUUUGCAAUUGGACUUCUGCCAGCUAUUCUUGGUGGACAGGCGUAUGUUGAAGCUCAAGAUGGUGUUUCUGUUAAAGAAUGGAUGAGAAAGCAGGGCAUUCCUGAACGGGUAACUGAUGAAGUGUUCAUAGCAAUGUCAAAGGCUCUAAACUUCAUCAACCCUGAUGAACUUUCAAUGCAAUGUAUUUUGAUUGCAUUAAACCGAUUUCUUCAGGAGAAGCAUGGUUCUAAGAUGGCCUUUUUGGACGGCAAUCCCCCGGAAAGACUUUGUAUGCCAAUUGUUGAUCAUAUUCAGUCAUUGGGUGGUGAAGUCCAUCUUAAUUCACGCAUUAAAUCAAUUGAGCUAAACGAUGACAGUACAGUGAAGAGCUUUUUACUAACUAAUGGGAAAGUGAUUGAAGGGGAUGCUUAUGUGAGUGCAGCACCAGUGGAUAUUCUGAAGCUUCUUCUGCCUGAGAACUGGAAAGGGGUACCUUAUUUCCAGAGAUUGGAGAAAUUAGUCGGAGUUCCAGUCAUAAAUGUUCACAUAUGGUUUGACAGAAAACUGAAGAACACAUAUGAUCACCUUCUCUUUAGCAGAAGCCCCCUUCUGAGUGUAUAUGCUGACAUGUCAGUAACUUGUAAGGAAUAUUAUAACCCAAACCAGUCUAUGUUGGAGCUAGUUUUUGCACCAGCCGAAGAAUGGAUUUCACGCAGUGAUGAAGAUAUUAUUGGGGCUACAAUGUCUGAACUUGCCAAACUCUUCCCUGAUGAAAUUUCUGCGGACCAAAGCAAAGCAAAAAUCAUCAAGUACCACAUUGUUAAAACACCAAGGUCGGUUUACAAAACUGUUCCGAAUUGUGAGCCUUGCCGUCCCAUACAAAGAUCUCCUAUAGAAGGUUUCUAUUUAUCAGGAGAUUACACAAAACAAAAAUAUUUAGCUUCCAUGGAAGGUGCUGUUCUUUCUGGGAAGCUUUGUGCACAGGCUAUUGUACAGGAUUCCGAGCUACUUACUGCUCGGAGCCAGAAAAGAAUAGCUCAAGCAAGUAGUGUUUAA